AUGUAAGCCUAAACUUUACCCAAUAUUACUACCAAAUCACCAUAAUCCAAACUCAAAACCCUUGAUUCAAUGUUAAAUGCUCAAAUAAAAAUCAGAUAACCAAAAGACAUUGCCUUCAAGACUUUACCAAAUAAUAAAACCAACAUUUCAUUUCUGAGGAAUGAAAAAUUCUAAACUCGUUAAGAUCAAUACUAUAGUUCACCCUUAUUAACAAAAUCUUAGAUAACAGAAGUUGAGGCAUAAAACAGAUAGAGUAGAAAUGAUUUCUAUUCUUAAAUGCUCAGCGAUAAUCCCUAUAAAUACAAUGAAUACAGUGAGAUUGAUCAAGAAUAUAACAGAAAUAUCAAUGUCAAUUUAUUGGAUAUGAGAAAUAAAGAUAAGAUUAAAGAAUUCCUAUAGGAAUCUGCUUCUUUUUCUAAUCAUCUCUCUACUCAUACUUAAAGAUUGAAAAAAGUAAAUGUGCUCACUCAAAGACAAGAUGUUAUCAAAUUGGCUUAAUGGCUUGAUUAUUAGAUGUAACAGGUGGUCUCUAAUAAGAAAAUGAUGAAAUAGCAAUAACUAAGAGAAAUUGAGAAGAUAUUUAACCUCAGUUUAAAAGAGUUGGUGAGAGAAAUAUCAUUAGAUUGCGUUGAAAAAAGUGUACUAUUAGAGAAAAUAUGGAAUCAAUAUGUUAACUACAAUACAUUUCUACUUAAAUCAUUAGAUGAUGAGAAGAACAAUCAAGAAAAUGAAUAUUUACAGCAACUCAAAUCAUUGCAUUAAACAUAUUAAAAUUCUGUGAAAUUUUUAGAGGAUAAACUAAAAUAAAUAGAUGAUGAAUUUAAUUCAUUAAGCACUAAAUUUGAAAGAAAGAAGUUUAAACUUAAAAAUAUUAAAGAUAACUUCUUUAGCAUUUAAGAAUAAAAGAAAGAAAUUGAACAAGAAGUUGAGUAUCUUAAGAAUUAGAGAAGAGAUCUGUUAGAGAUUAAAGAAGCACUCUAGAAUUAAGUUGAGAAUUUGACUCAAGAAAAUGAAAGAUUAUAAACAGCCAUCUAUUAGAAAUCCUAAGAGUUGAGAACAGCCAAAACAAAACGUUACUCUCAGAUAUCUAUUGAUAGUUGUUUUAGUGAAUAAAAUCACAAAGGGACAACCAUGGAAGAUUUCUCUGAAAUGAUGUCAAUCAAAAAAGAAAAGUAUACUUAGACAUUUGAUCAUGAUAAAAUAAAAAUAUCAACUGCUAAUCAAACUGAUAUCAAAUUCAUUUUUCAUCAAGGCACUCAAACAGGUUUGCAUAAUGAGGAUGAUUAUUACUAACCACAUGUCUCCGAAAAUAAUGAUUAAAUGAAAAGAUUAUUAGAUUAAAAGUAUGACUUAGAAGAAAAACUGAAGUUAUCCAAUAACAUAAUAUCAGAAUUACAAAGGGCUAAACAACAUCUAAUGAGGGAACAAGAAAUCAAUUCUCAUAAACUGUCCUCAUAAGAAAUAUCUCUAUCAGCUCUCUAAAAAGAAAUAGAAAGACUUUAAUCCGAACUAUAAUCAUUAUUACAAAGCAGACAAUAAAAAAAGAGGAUUAUUGUCUCCCUUGAAGAAAAUAAUGGAGAGUAAAUGUCAUUAGGACCAGUCAGAGAAUAAUAAAGGACUCCUUAAAACACACUGGAAAAAUUAGUAGAUAAGAAUAAUCUGAAUAAUACUCAGAAAUCAAAAUAAUAAAAUUAACUAUAAUACUAGGAUAACACUGUAAAAAAUGGAAAAAAUGAUAAGGCUGAAAGAACCUAGGGAUAAAACAGUAAUUUUACAAGCAAUAAUGCAAGUUAAACAAAUUCAUAAAAUUAGACACCUUUAAACAAAGAAUUAUCUAAUAAUACAGCUUCUAAAUUAUAGACAUCCAACUCAAAUAAUUAAUAAUAAUAAGGCAAAGCAACACUCCAUUAGAAGAAACCUUCAGAUAAUUCAAAAUCUACUUCUCAUAAUGUUAACUCAAAUUAAAAAUAAACAAAAGUUUAAAAUAAUAAAAAGCCAAACGGUGAAUAAAUUAACAAUUAGUCCAGCGGUCAAUAAAAUAAUUAAAUUAAUUAAGGAGUCUAAAAAUUAAGAUACGAUACAAAUUAAAUAGGAUAAGUAGAGUCAUCGAAUAAAGAAUAGGAUCAACUUAAUUCAUCUCAAAUCAGAAAUACAUUAUUAAAUUUAAAUGAAGUGAACAACGAUGAUGACUAAUUUGGAGAAAAUCAAAUUGAUUAAAAUAACUAAAAUGAAUAAGUAUUUAAGAGAUCUAGCACAAAGAAAUUAUCAUAUAAAUUUAAUAGUUCACAACCAAAUUCUUAAAAUAAUUCAAUUUAUGUUAAUCAACUUUAAAGAAAAGGAUCUUAUCUGACACCUCCUGCUCCUGAGACAAAAACUAUUAGAGAUAAGGAAUAACAGUUAAAAGAAACUGCUCUAGAAUUUAUUAAAUAAUUUGUUUAAACAAUCAAUUUAUAACAUCCAGAGAAUAUUGAAUAAACAAUGCAACUUUAAAAUGUUUUUAAAUUGAUAACUCAAUUUUACAAGGAACGACUAGAAAGAAAGCAACCCAUCUAUGUUAUAUGUUAUGAAUUCUAUAUGAAUACUUUUGGAUUGAAAUAAAUAGCUGAGAAUAAGUUAACUAUGCUGUGUUAGGCAGUGAUCUUUUACAGAAGCAUUCCAAGAGUUAGACUAUUUUCUAGGUUUCUAUAAAUUUAGGAUCCCAUCAAUGAUGAAGAUUUGGAUUUCUAUUUCUCAACUCUAUAACAUCUAGAUGUGCAAUAGAAAUCAGAAAAUCUCAUCUCUUGCACUCAAAAUUAUGAAGGCGUUCUGAUUUUAUACGAUAAAGCUUUGGAUCAAUUAGCAUCCUUAGAUGAACAUCUAAUGGAAAUAUAAUAAAAAUUUAAAUCUUAGAUCUAAAUUCUUAAUGGAAAUAGGCAUAUAGAUUUAGAUUUAUUUUUUAUGGAAUCAUUACAACAAUUUUAAUUGAUGAAAAAAAUCCAUUAGGAUAACUUUAAGGAAUUAUUCUAAGCAGUUGAUAUUAAUGAUGAUGAUACAAUAAGUGUGGAGGAAUUUACUAUUUUAUUUAACCUAAUAGAAGAAGGGUAAAAGGAUUAGCAAAUGUUUAUAUAAAAGUUUAUUGAAACUUGUGGUAAUUCAGAUGGUCUAUCUUUCUAUUAAUUUGGCAUGUAUUGUAUGUCAAACUAAUUAUUUCAAAAAGAUAAAUAAGAUGCAUUUCUAUAAUACAACAAUGAAUAAUUCAAAAUAUUAUAAACUAAAUGGAACGAGUAGAGAAAAUAACUUACACAGAGAUUAAAAGAAAAUCUAGUUUUUACAGAAUAUUAUUAGAAUUUAGUAAGAAAACUAGAUGAUUCACUUAAAAAUAACCAUCCCUAUUCUUGGUUGUUAUGGAGAAUAUUAGAGGAACAAUGCAAAAGACUUACUGCUUAAAGUAAAUGA